AUGUCACCAUCCCACUUCGAACCAGUAUCGCCCAUCGAUAUUACGGCCAACACUAAAUCUUUUCGACCCGCUGCCAUCGAAGACUUGGACGAAAAGUCUGAAGUCAAGGCGACGACUCGAUCCCUCCGAACGAACUCGACUGCAUCAUCUACGAGGUCGACUAGGAACCAGGCUCGAAAGCCUCGCUUUGCAGAAGCGACGUCCGUCUUCUCGCCAGCCUCUGGGCCUGGUGAAUACCUUUCGCCUUUCGCAGACCCCAAGAUGGAAACCAGCAAGCCUUCAGAUGUUGGCUUCGGCUACAUCUCAGACAAUCAGCCCGUCGAGCAAUUUGUCACCGUUCGAAGUGACCCCAAUGGCGCUGCAGGGGCGCCUCUCAAGUCUGCCUUGAAGACGCCUGGUACGUCGAACAGACUCUUGAAUCCGCUGAGCCCUACAUUCCGCGAAGAGCAACUGCUCGAGAAGGAAGAAAUGAAGACCGAUGAACAACAGGCCAAAGAUCUGAAAGUCAAAACCCGUGUUCGCAUGGCAAAAAUGGUCCUUCGAGGCGUCAACUUCUCCUGCUCACUGAUCGUCCUCGCGAUGCUCAGUACCGUACUGACCAUUUUCCACGCCACCAAGUCCAUCCCCCCACGGAACAACUUGACGGCAUGGGCACCCAAGCAGCAGAUCUGGCCGCAGAUUGUCGUCCUCAGCAUCGCCUGCGUAUCUCUCUUGUUCUCGAUCAUUGUCAUAUUGGCGUACUGCCGCGGGGGCCACCGGCGAGCGGAGAAGGUCGCUGUCUACUAUACCAUGUUCGCGGUGGGUUGGUUUCUGUUCAGCAUCGUCAUGUGGGUGGUAGGCGCAGGCAUCCUGCAUGGAAGCAAGGCCAACGGCGGCGGCACCGACCUCUGGGGCUGGAGCUGCAAAGAUAACAAACGUCGAGAUCUGUUCCAGGACGACGUCCACUACGCGCUUGUCUGCCGGUUGCAAGACUGGUCGCUCAUCUGCUGCAUCAUCGAGGUCGUGGUCGAGGUCAUCGUCAUCGCCAUCUACGGCAUCGUCUUCUACCGAUUCUGGUCGAAGAACAGGCUCAGGAAGUCCAUGGACGCUCGCGACCGGGCCCGCACCGACUUGUACCUCGCUCAGCUGCGUACGCAGUCGGCACCAAACACACCAGGCUUCGCCAGCAUUCAGACCCCGAGAACUCCGGGCUUCCCCUCACAGUACCAUGCUCCGGCGACUCUCAACUCUCCGCGAAGUAUAGACGGCCAGGGACGUUCGCUGUCCCCGGUGCAGUUUGCAAAUGUGUCACCGCAGUCGAACACGACAACGUCGCCGUUCAGACUGCAGGCGCCCCCUAUCCGCGUACACAGCGCCACGCCCAAGUUGUCCUCGACCGAGACUUUCCAAAGACAAGCCCUGACGUCGUCACCACCCCCGCAGCCUCCCAUGUCGCCGCCACCGGAGGAACGAGUGCACGAGCACGUCGGCGCCGCGCCGGGAGAACAGACGUACGACGCCGUACCUAUUCCUGGGGCUUAUGUCCCGCCGUCCCAGCAACAGCAACAUGGAGGACAGUCUCCACCCGGCCAAGCUUAUUGA